AGCACUGUGCGGGAAAAACUGUGAAUGCAGCUGGUCACACUGCGACCAUGAAGCGAGGAAGAGCGGCGAACAAAUAAAAACAGUGAAAAAUCGUAAAGCCGACAAUUGAAUGGAAAAUAUGGGGGACCAACUGAUCUUGGCCACCGGCGGAUACGAUCACACAAUCAAGGUGUGGCAGGCACACACCGGUAAUUGUAUUAAAACGAUGCGAUUCGUGGAAACCUCCCAAGUGAAUGCGUUGGACAGAACACCGGAUAAGACCAGAUUAGCGGCCUGCGGUUAUCAGUGUAUCCGUUUAUAUGACCUGGAAUCGAACUGCACGGCGCCGGUCAUCAAUUUCGAUGGCGUGCAGAAAAACGUGACCCGUUUGGGCUUCCAGGAGGACGGCAAUUGGAUGUUCACCGCCGGCGAGGAUCAUCACGUUAGGAUCUGGGACAUGAUCUCGGCCCCGCCGCACUGUUCCCGCGUUUUUGAUUGUGAGGCGCCUGUGAAUGCGGCCUGCCUGCAUCCGAAUCAAGUGGAAAUCGGCAUGGGAUCCCAGAAUGGAAGUGUUUUUCUGUGGGACGUCAAGUCGGAGAAACACGAACGGAUUGUGCCCGAGGUGGAUGCCUCCAUACAGGACGUGGCCAUCUCCCCAGACGGACGCUAUUUGGCGGCAGCCAACAACAAAGGCAAUUGCUAUAUUUGGUCACUUACCAGCAGUCCGGAUCAAAAGAUGAGCACCCUGCGGCCCACCAAGAAAAUCCCAGCCCAUAGUCGCUACAUCCUGCGCUGUAAAUUCAGUCCAGACUCGAGGCUAUUGCUAACCACAUCCGGCGAUGGCACCGCCUGCAUUUGGAAGACCGAGGACUUCACCAAAUGGCGGGAGCUGUGCAUCGAAAACUGUUGGGUGUGGGAUGCCGCCUUCAGUGCGGACUCCAAGUGGCUGUUCACUGCCUCCUCGGACGGUGUGGCCCGCCUCUGGAAGCUGCAAACGAAGAGUCCCAUUAGGGACUAUACUGGUCACACGAAGGCCAUCACUGCCCUGUCCUUCAAGGACGAAAUUGUGGGCAAAUAGCAUGUAGCUCGUUAGUUAGAGUUAGGCAAUUGUAGGAUUAUGUUGUCCUCCCGAUUUGAUUGUCUCGUUAUGGUCUUUAUAGGGUAACCAAUUAUGUAUUUUUUUUAUUCAUGAAAUUUUGGUUUUUAAACAAAUUUUUAGAUCCAAAAUUUCAAGGCUUGUUUUGAGCAAAAAAACUCAUAUUUAGAAACUAAAAAAAUGGUUUUAACUUUGAACCCCUUUAAAGGGUUUUUUUUUUCUAAAGAAACCAAUAAUGAUUCUUUAGAAUUUUUUUUAGUAAAAUGCUCCUACUUCUAUAUCCUACAUUUUAUGGCAUUUAAAUGACAAGAAACUAUUUUCAGUGUACACUAAGCUUUCAAUUUUUAAAGAAAGAGUUUAAGGCUGAAAUUUUGAAAAUAUUCCCAUUUUUAUACAAAGAUUUGCCAUUUUUAAGGGCAUCUAAAUAAUUGUAAAUAUUAAAAAAAAGAAAUUUUCCUCUUCAAAUGCAAUAUUAAUUAGUUUCUUCAAUAAAAUUUAUAGAUUUCUGAAAAGCAAAUUUUUGAAAAUAAUUUUAUAAAACUGCCAGCAAUGUUUAGUAAUUUUUUUUAGUUAUAAUUGGAAAUAUAAUCGAAGCCCAAAGAGCCAGUGAGACAAUCAACAAGGGAUAAUGGCAUUUAAAAAAGCACUUAGGCUCUGGCGGAUAUUUUUGCAGUUUUUAGAGGCAGUUUAAAAAAUAAAUGGACAUCGUAGACAGACAGAAACACACCCAACCAGGACUGAAAAAAAAGAAACCAAAUACCAACCGCAAUUGGAACGCAAUUCAAAUUCAAUAAAACUUUUUACCAACAAGUGAGAAAUGGAAAUUAAGCGAAAAACUACCUCUGGAAAUGAGCGCUUGGCUUUUGUAGCGACUUUUUCAAUAAUAAUUUAUAAACCUUUGAUACAUAAUUAUUAUAUUACGACUAAAUCGUGGGUAUGCAAAUUGCAAUUUAAAUAAAAACCUUAUGGGCAUAAAUAUAAAUCAA